AUGGGUUGGAGCAGACGAUGGGAUGAGCUCUUUGGACUUGUUUUCAUGGCGAGGGGCGGAAAGCAGCUGGCAAACCAGAGGCCGCUGUCGAGUGGACUGUCUGAGGAGAAGCCAUGGCCCCUGACAGACUCAAGUGCCCGCUUGCGCCCCCCCCUCUCCCCGGCCAUGAGCAGCAAGGCCCCCACAGCGCCUGAGCAAGCAGCCGCCCUCCGAGUCGGCACCUCGUCACCCAGCAUCUCGCCCAGCGGCGGCACGUCGUCUCUCGAGGAUGGCGACUCCCCCGAGGACGAGGAGGCGGACAUUCCGCUGACCAUGGCGGCGUCGGUGGUGCUCGCCGACCUCCCCCAGUCCGCCGCCGCCGCGCUGGCGGCCAGCGGCGCCGCCGCACCGCCCACGGAGCGCAAGGUGGUGGUGCGGUUCAAGGCGGUCGGGUCGGCGCCGCCGCUGGCACAGGACGUGUGCAAGAUCUCGGCGGCGCGGCGCUUCGAGGAGGUGGUGCGGUACCUCCGGCGGAAGCUGCGGUGCCGGGACACGGACAGCGUCUUCCUGUACGUGAAUAGCGCGUUUGCGCCGAGUUUGGACGAGGUGGUGGGCAACUUGCAUCAGUUCGUGUUGGGCUCGUAUCGUGUGCUGACUGGCGUGCUAUGGGGGUAG